AAAGGCUGUAUCCUGGUGCCUGGCUCCUGGAGAAGGGGAUGGCCAUUGUUUCGCUCCGGGUUUCCCCCGCGUCCCUCCUGCUCUGAUUAGUGCAGCCGCGCGGGGGGAAAGGCAGGCAAGGCAAGAUGGCUGAGAUGGGCAAGGGAGUCACCGCGGGGAAAAUAGCCAGCAACAUGCAGAAGAAACUCACCCGAGCCCAGGAGAAGGUCUUGCAGAAGCUCGGCAAAGCGGACGAAACAAAAGACGAGCAGUUUGAGCAGUGCGUGCAGAACUUCAACAAACAGCUGACAGAAGGCAGCAAGCUGCAGAAGGAUCUCCGAACUUACCUGGCUUCCGUAAAAGCAAUGCACGAGGCCUCCAAGAAGCUGACUGAAUGCUUGCAGGAAGUGUAUGAGCCGGAAUGGCCUGGGAGAGACGAUACCAACAAAAUAGCCGAGAACAAUGACCUGCUCUGGGUGGAUUUCCAUCAGAAGCUUGUGGAUCAGGCCCUUCUAACCAUGGACACUUACCUUGGCCAAUUCCCAGACAUCAAAUCUCGGAUCGCUAAGCGAGGGAGGAAGCUUGUGGAUUACGACAGCGCCAGACACCAUUUUGAAUCCCUACAAACCGCAAAGAAGAAAGACGAAACCAAAAUCGCCAAGCCUGUCUCGCUGCUUGAGAAAGCUGCGCCUCAGUGGUGCCAAGGAAAACUACAAGCUCAUCUCGUUGCUCAAACUAAUCUGCUCCGAAAUCAGGCCGAAGAAGAGCUGGUGAAAGCUCAGAAGGUGUUUGAGGAGAUGAACCUCGAUCUGCAGGAGGAGCUGCCUUCGCUAUGGAAUAGUCGUGUUGGUUUCUAUGUCAACACAUUCCAGAGUAUAGCAGGCCUAGAAGAGAACUUCCAUAAAGAAAUGAGCAAGUUGAACCAAAACCUCAACGAUGUCCUGAUGAACCUAGACAAGCAGUACUCGAGCAACGCCUUCCCCAUUAAAGCACAGCCGAGAAAGAAAACUAAACUGUUCUCCAAGCUGAGGAAGAAGAUGAGCAGCGACAGUGCCCCUGCGAAAGCAAACAAAAGCCCCUCGCCUCCACCCGACGGGACCCCCAUCACCAGCCCCGAGAUCAAGACCGUCAACCAUGAGCUGGAACCGUCCUCGUUGGAAACACCCGGGGCUGGCAUCCCUAAAUCGCCGUCUCAGUUGCGGAAAGGCCCUCCGGUGCCGCCACCUCCAAAGCACACCCCCUCCAAGGAGAUCAAGCACGAGAACAUCAUCAGUCUGUUUGAUGACAAUUUUGUCCCCGAGAUAAGCGUGACCACCCCCUCGCAGUUUGAUGCCCCUGGGCCCUUCCAGGAGGGAGCCAGCCUGUUGGAUCUGGAUUUUGAUCCCAUUAAACCAGAUGCCAGCCCUGUGGGGAAGACACCCACACCUGCCACUCAGUCUUUACCUUGGGAUUUAUGGGAGCCUGAAAAGACUUCCUCGAGCAGCAUGCAGUCCGUGGAUCCGUGUCUUGCUGACAACCCUAGUGAUAGCACAUUUGCUGUGGACUGGCCCAGCCAGUCCACAGAGACCCAGCCAACCCAACCAGCAGAAACCGCUCCUGCCAGUGCCGAGCCAGCUGGGAAUGAAGCACCUCCUGCUAGUGCCGAAGCAUCUGGGACAGAAGCCGCAGCUGGAGCUGAAGCACCUAAACCAGAAACUGACUCAGGAUCUGCUCCUAGUUCCCUGCCUGCUGUUGUCGUGGAGACGUUCCCAGCCAACGUCAACGGCACCGAGGAGGGCAGCGCCCCCUCUGAAAGGGCCGACAUGCCCCCGGGUUUCCUGUUUAAGGUUCAGGCCAUGCAUGACUAUGUGGCCACGGACAGCGACGAGCUGCCGCUGAAGGCUGGGGACGUGGUGCUGGUGAUUCCGUUCGACAACCCGGAUGAGCAGGAUGAAGGAUGGCUGAUGGGCGUGAAAGAGGCUGACUGGCUCCAGCAUAAGGAACUUGAUCAAAGUCGGGGGGUUUUCCCGGAGAAUUUCACAGAGCGGGUGCAGUGAGAGCCCGGAGCUGCCAGCUGAUUUUUCUGCCAGAAGAAAGCAAGUUUUCCGGGAGGUGUUUUAAAAACAAAAGAAAAGAGAAUUUUAAAGGAACAUGAGCCUAAAAAAAUGUGUCAACUUAAAGGUUGGAUUCUUCUUAAAGAGCAAGGUUUUAGCAGUAAAAUGAAUUCAAAAGUGUUAUUAAAAUAUAUACAUAAUAAUAAGACAGGUCAAAUGCCCCUUUCCCACUUUGAUUUGACAGCAUUUGAACUCCAAGUCUGAUGCAGAAGUGGCUUAGUGUGGUACCUGUAAAUGCUGUAUUGGCUGAAUUUUGGGGAUGUCAGUCUGAUACCCGAACAGGAAAGAGCUAAGGCCUAGAUCUUCAAAGACUCCUAACUGCCACUGAAAUCAAUUGAAGUUAGGAUCCUAAAUACCUUUUGAGGAUCUGAGCCCAGCUGUCCCAUGCUCUGAGCCUAGAAGUAAAGAUACCCAUGGGUGGGGGGGUUCAGCUGUUUUGUGCUGGUGUGGCAUCCCUAAAGUUUCAGGCACUGCCCAUGUUACGACCUAUGAUAGGCCAAACGUCCUGUUCUGCUGUUGAAAAGACCUAUUUAGUGUACAGUGUUCACCAAUAUGAUGUGUGUGCGCGUGUGUGUGUUUUGUUUUCUUCCUUUGAAGAUGUAACACGAACUGUGAUUUUAUACGUUUAAAAGCAAACACAAAAAGUUAUCAGGAAGAGCACAUAUCGGAGUGAAAUGUGUGUAGCUGGGCUCGGUCCAAAAUUCCUCCAGAUCUCGGAGCUGGACGAUCGCAGCAGCACACGCCGCCCCUGGAAAUGUUCUUGAGGGAAAAUUGGGAAACUGACAAAUUAAAAAAAAAAAAAAAGAAAAAAAUCUGAAACUUUGGAUUUGUUUAAACUAGUUGUGAAAUAAUAAUAAUAAUUAACAAAAAAGCCUGUUAAUAAAGUGGAAAAGUUUAGUCACGUAGGCAGGGAUGGACUUGCAAUCUGGCUGUUUAGAAAGUGCAGUUUUAAGGAAGAGGGUGGGGGAAAAGAAAUGGUGAGACAGAAUAUCUGAGACAUACCACUGAGAAAACAAAUCUGCUUUCUGUGUUUCCGGUUGUGCGGUUAUUUUUAUUUUCCUUUCUUGAAUUCUGCACAUGAAGUAUCAUUAGACCUGCUUCCUCCAAUCCUGUGCUGGUGAACAAGUUGAAGUCAGAGAAAAGUGAACUGUUUGACUACUUAUUUAAAAUUGCUGCAUGACUUUAUUAUAUUGUGACGAGUUAGAAGACGCGGGACUAUCACAACGUUGACGUGGGGACGAUACUCCAGGUCCUAAUACUGACACUGGCCUUUCCCACAAUUCUUUGCUCCUGUUUGGUUCUGGGAGUUUGAAACUCCCCUGCAGCCUGCUUGCUUAAAAUAAAACAAAGUGGGUCUUACACUUGUCAGAGUCAACAGAUUAGAUUCCUUAGAGAUCCUAAAGUCCCAUGGAGGUACUUUAAAUGCUACUUGAAUGCUGAUGCAGUUGGCAAGCAGAUCUGAUCUUUUGUUUUUUAAGGUCACAACCCCCUGCCCAAACUCCUCCUUCUUUUUGCCUUGACAGGGUUGGUAUAGGUGCCGCUACCUCCUCCCUACUUGGGACACUGUAUGAAAUAACACUCUUACCUAACAGAAGCUGGCUUUAGCAAAGCAUGCAAUACAUUGUGGCACAGUUAAACCUCCAAACCAAGCCCAUCUUUCUGAUCUUGCAUGUAUGAUAUGAGGGGGAAAAAAACCCUCUUGUAGGUCAAAAGGUGUGUGUACGUGUGUGUGUGUGUGUGUGUGUGUGUGUGUGUGUGUGUGUAUAUAUAUAUAUAUAUAUAUAUACACACACACAAAGUUAAUGGUGGGCUUGUGAUCUCAGUGACACUGAUGUAAAUUCAGGAACACUGGAGUUACCCUAGAUUUACACAGUAGUGUAACUAACGCCAAUGGAGUCACUCUGGAUUCACACCGGUGUAACUAAGAUCAGAAUCUGGCCCAUGUCCUCAGAUUCUCUCCAUAUUUUGUUAUCUUGUGUGUGUGAUGGGGGGGAAUUGCUGCAACGGAUAUUCCUUUAUCCUUUUCCUCCUUCCAUGCCCUCCUUCCAAAAACAAGACUAUUCAAGAGUAACUGCUCACAGCACGGCUGUACUGUGAGCCAGUUCUGUAGAAUAUUCUCCCAUCAUUUUAAUCAGAGGUGCCUUGAGCAUCUUAACUAGCACCCUGCCCUUUCAAAAUCUCUAUUUUUAUGCCUUUGUAAACCCAGUGGGUCCUUCGAAGAACAAUGUUAGGGAAAAAAAUUAUAGAGAGAGAUCUAUAUAUAUAAAAAAGCGGGUUAUCCUAAUUAACAGCAAGCUUUUGGCUUAAAUGUGCUUAUUUUUAUGCCCAAUCCUGUGGACUAUUGUUUUUUUUUAAAGAUAACAAGAUUAUAAGUACCAGAGCUAUAGUUUGUCUCCCAAGUAAUUGUUUUAUUAGUGACGAGCACCUUAGGAAGCUGUGCCGACUUCUAAUUUAUUGUAUAUGUUUUUUUUGUCAUCUGCUGCGUUUGAACCAGACAGUUGUUACAAAAGAAAUCCUACUAAGCCCUUUUCAUUGUGUGGGGCUAACAAAGCAACCGUCCAGUACUGUAUUGUCCCUGCAGAAGCGAAACUGAACCUCUGCCCGAAAGGGGAUGUAGCGUUCAGCUCUGAUUCAUUCUGUUCCAGCGCUGCUCGAAGGGGAAAGUGCCUCUCCCUCUCUCGCCGUUUGCUCCUGAAGAAAUCGGCUCAGAGCAGACAAAAUGUACCACCCAGCCACUAUGCCUCCCACCUAGGCCUGGAGCCUGCAUUGCUCGCUCACACACACACAUGCACACACACACUCUCUCACGCACAUUCACUCACUCACUCAGUGGGAGUAUUGAGGGCAUGAGGCCUGCAGGAUUGGAUCCAUGCAUUGUAAACUGCCCUGCACAAAGAGCUCCAGCGUGUAUUGCAGGAGGCAGGCCUCGAGCCCCUGGGCCAAAAUCAGCCCUGGUAUAAGCAGGUGCCACUCCGUUUAUUUUACUGAAGAGACAUCUGCCUUACCCCAUGGCUGGAAUUGAGCCUGUCAGCUGAAAAGAGCCCACAGUCCACACUAGCUUAGGACAGAUCCCUGUAUAAUAUGGGCCAAUAAAUUCCCCGACCGUGCUGGCUGCUCGAAUGGGAACGUUUUAGGGACUACACAUCAGAUGGCCCUGGAAAAGCUGCUAUUUCACUGUCUGCAAAGAGUCUGUUGGAGAGUUUUACUGAAUCAACAAUAAAGCAUUUCUCUCCCCACCUCUCCCCCCACCCGCUGGUUUUGUCGGCUUGGUUAGAAGGGAGCUCUUGCCUUUCCGACCGCAGUUGGUCCAGUUACGUGUUCCCCUCCAGCUUGAGUGUAGCCACCUUGCCUUGUCCCGGAGGGCAGCGGUGUCACAGCCACUUGAUGAUGAAGAAAUAAGGCGUCCUUCUCCUGUUUUUUCUUCUAGUCUCCUUAGCAGGGUCAGCAAUCUGAGUUUACCACCUGGCAUUCAGAGCUUAGGAUGUUACAACAAGCCAUAACCAGCUCCAACUCGCUCUCUGCCUUUUCUCUUGGCUCAAUGCCCUGUGCAUUUCUUCACUGGGCAGGCCGUCUAGCAAAGAAAAAGACUCCUGCAGCCAGAGCCUCAAGCACACUGUGCCAGUCUGCCCUGCUGUUUUCCCUAGUGGAAACCAAGCACCCGUCACUCAACCUGGCUUUCCAAUUCAGAGCAGUGCCUUUUACGCAGGCUGUAAGCGGUGAUUUUCUUUCCUCUCCCAGUUCUUGAAGGCCCCAAGCCAAAGCCUGAGGAAGUCAAGGGGCGUCUGGCCAUUGACUGGAGAUUUGGAUCAGGGCUCGAGUGUCUGUUGUCCUGUGCGGUAUCAGUUUAUAGGGUGGGUUUAGUUUCAGAACAUCCACUUGAAUGAUAAAGGCUCAUAUUUGAGGGGAAAGCGAGGAGGGUAAGGAAGGGGGUUGGGAGAGGCAUAGAUCAUCCAUCAAUCAUUUCAGGUUGGUGUGGUGGUAGUCUCGGCAACAGCUCUCCCGGUUCAGGGCUAAGGAUGGGCAGCGUGACUCGUGAAGAUCCUUGAGAUUAGUAACUGCUGUAGGCUCUUGCGCAGGGCAGUGUGGUCAGAGCCUCUCCUUGGCGUGGUGCUAAGGGGAAUCACGCCCCUGGAGCGCUCUCUCUUUUCUUUGCGAACCAGCGGUCACUCCCCUGAGUCACUAAUCUGGCUAUUUUGGGCACCGCAUGAUCCAGCCUAGAAGCUGCUCUGGCGCCUUCUACAACAUGCUCCGCUCCUCCUGUCGUUGGGGUGUCCUCGGCCUCAGCACCUUGCAGGCAGGACGCGCAGAAUUGGGGCGCCACAUGCUGCUGCUUGUAACACAAAGCCUGGUGCGCACGGUUACUGCGGCUCCUCCCUUUCUCCAAAACAGGCACAGCCAAACCCUGGGCCUUGCUGCAGAACCCAGCAGCCACCGAGCUCCGUUGAGCAGCCUGCCAGCCGCCUCUGCAAUCGCUUGCGUAUCGCGAUGGGAGCCCGAGAGCUCCUGACCAGCCGUAGCUCUCAGCUGGUCAAGGGCUGGUGCGCGGCACCUCCUUGCUGAAUUGUGCCAGAGUCACAGCGAUGAAGCACAUGCUUAAGUCUCAUAUAAGUCAAGUGAAUCUUAGGCACUUGCUUAAGAACUUUGCUGGACUGGGUCCUGCCAGCCAUAAUGAGCAUUGACCCAUUCUCCAUGCAUCGCUGGAGCGACACCUGGGACAGAUUUGGCCCAUUGGAUGUAAAGUUCCCCUCCCUUUCUGUGUUACAAAUGGCUCCUCUCCAGGGGUGACCAGGCAUUGGAGCAAAGGAGUGGACAAGAGUGGAGGAAGCCAGCAAUGUUCCCCUGCAGCGCAGCUGGGAAUGCAGCGGAGUUGUACAGACUUACCCCCAGUGCAAAGGCCUUCCAUGCUAGAAGAGCCCCUGCAUGCACCAGUGGGCCUGCUGUGAGUCACACACUGUUUAGUGCUGGUCAUGGCCUAGCCCAUGCUGGGGAGGAACUAGGGAUCCCACCCGGCAGAGGCAGAAAGUUCCAGUUGGACCCUUCGGGCUUGUCUGCACUGGGGUUUGUAGCCACCAAUGGCGCCACGUCAGUGCAAACGCAGCCGAGUCACAGUUCACGUGGCUGCACCCUAUCGGCAGGAGGGGUCUGGGCACCGGGGUAGCUACAGCGAUGGCUAAAAUCCCAGGGAGCAGGUACCUAACGAAGGGCCCAGAGCUGCAUCUGCUGCCCAGUCCAGCCUGCCAUGCACCAGGAAUGGCCUCUGACUUCCCGGGCUGCUGCGGGGGCGCUCUAGGAAUGCAGGCUCAGAGUGAACGUCCUGUCCCGUACACACGUACAAAGUGAAUGCAGACCGCUGCCGAGGCAGGAUCCGCCACUGCCACUGGUGGUAGCAUUGUGUGCUUGCUGGGCCCCGGAGUCCGUGACCACGCAAGGCCACCAGGCCCAGUUCCUCCACUGGGAGUUAGGAGCCUAAAUGCCUUUGAGGAGCCAGUCCUCUGAGUGAACUGGGGGGAGGUUUCAGAGGGAGAGAGAAUGCCCUGGGCUUGAGCUGUCCCUGGCACCUGCCCCAGUUGUCUCUGAACACGUGUCCAGUGGGAAGAGGGGCCCCUAACUCCGCUCCGGCCCAGGGAAUUGCAGACAGAUGACAGCCAGGGGGAGGCGCUGCUUUUCCCGGGUGCUCCCAGGCUCUGAUGAACUGCGUGGGGUGUUGCAGGCUGCAACUUCUCCUCAACCUGGAGCGUGAAGCUAGAAGACACUUGAGCUCCUCUCAGGGAGCGGGCAAGAUGCAAUGCAAUUAGAUUGGACUGAGGCCAGAAAAACAAAGCAAGCUUAUUAGGGCUGGCUGGGGGAGGCGCUUCCUUGUACUGCACGCCACCCGUCCCAGAGAGCAGAGGUUCUCAACCCGGGGUCCCCUGAGGGGCCACAAGCAGGCUUCAGGGGGGUCCACCGAAAUAAACCAGAGAGCAAGGCCGGCGUUAGACUCGCGGGCGCCCAGGGCAGAAAGCCGAAGCCCGAGCCCUGCUGCCUGGGGCUGAAGCCAAAACCCGAGGGACUUAGAUUGGCUUGGGGCCCUAGGCUUGCUACCCCCUAACGCUGGCUCCGGUUUUUAAUCUACUGGCUAUGCAGAAAAACAGUUACUGUGGCCCCGGGGGUGGGGGCGUGAAGUUCUUACAGCACGUUGGGGAGGCCUCAAAGGUUGAGAACCCCUGCCAUAGAUCAUUGCAUCGGGGCGGGGAGUUGACUACACCUCACCUCCUUGUGGAACAUAGUUCCUGAGUAACCGACCCCCCCCCAUUCUCUGGAGUGGGGAGGCAGAUUUUGACAAUGGGGAGGUCCCCUGUCCCGCGGAUUCGGCGACUUGCCUGUGGGAGGUCUGCCGGUCCCGCGGCUUCGGCGUACCCGCCGCCGAAUUGCUGCCAAAUCCGUGGGACCGGCAGACCUCCCGCAGGCACGCCGCCGAAGGCUGCCUGACUGCCGCCCUCGCAGGGACCCCCCCACGGCUUGCCGCCCCAGGCAUGCGCUUGGAGCGCUGGUGCCUGGAGCCGCUGCUGCACGUGUGGCUCGGAGCCUUCAACUGCAAAGGUCUGAGUCUCUAGUCUACUGUUUGGGGGGCGGGGGGGAGCGGGCAGGGACACCCCAAUGGCUGAGAAUGAAAUAAUUUCUCUUGGUGAGUGGGGGAGUCUUAUUAAACAAUUACAUGGGGAAACUUCAGCUUUCAGACUGUUGUGUCCUGGCUUGUAUUCGAACUUGUCUGCUGGCUAGAAUUCUUUCCCCCGUUUUUCUAGCAUAUGCUGCUAACCCUGUCUCCCAGUCCGUGCUUCACUGAGGUGGCCAAUACUUGAGGCUUGCCACAUGCAGCCCUUGGUUUCCUUCGGCUUCUCUUUCACUGAGUCCUUUGGAAUGGCUUUGAUGCUGUGCUGGCAACCUCGCGUCCGUCUGGUCAGUCGGUCUCUUGAGUUUAACCCUGGUGACCUGAGCGGUGUUUGGUUUCGGGGUGGUUUUUUUUUUUUUUUUUUUUUAAUUUUUGUUUUUGUCAUACAAACCUGAACAAUUCCCACUGUAUUCAGACCUGUGACUCUCGGUGCCGGUGCCAUGUACUAGACGACUUUGUCCCGUUUGUUUCUUGGCAAUGUUCAGCAAAUACAAUUUUGUGUCAUCCUA